AUGGCUUUAAAUGAGCUAAAGUUGGAAGCUGAAAUCAUACAAGACAUGUUGGUUUCAAGCUACUCCAAACUGUGUCUGAAUAAGGAUGUCAUGAAGCAGCUAACAGAUGGAUACCAGGAUGACACAAGUCAAUUCAUCAAAAUGCUAAAGAGCUACAAUCAUACAGAGACAAUCACAAGUAAUUGUCCAAUUGAUUUGGCGAUCAUCAUCCUCUUCAAAAAAUAUGCCCCUCAAAAAAUUACCAAGUUUAAGUUUUCGGACAAUGCCAUCGACCCCAGAGGGAUCGAGAAGUUGGUGGAAGUGAACAAUGUUCAAAUGAUGACGCUCAACAAAAUGAUAUACCUGGAUGCAGACAUCCAAGUCUUUGACAAUAUUGACCAUCUCUUCGACUUGCCAAACGGCUCCUUCUAUGGAGUAGUCGACUGCCUAUGCGAGAUGUACGGCCCUCCUUGCCCCCAAAAGAUCCGAUGGCCCAAAGAACUCGGCCCGGAGCCCGCGUUUUAUUUCAAUGGAGGCAUGUUCAUGUUCGAGCCAAACCUAAACACGUACGAUGAGUUACUACGAACUCUCGAUGUCACUCCUCCAACACCUUUUGCGGAGCAGGAUUUUCUGAACAUGUUCUUUAGGGAGGUGUCGAAGCCGCUACUUCCUAUAUACAAUAUGUUGGUGGCGAUGAUGUGGCGGCACUCGGAGAUGAUGGAUCUGGAUAAGGUCAAGGUGGUCCAUUACUGUGUGGGAGGGUCGAAACCGUGGAGAUACACCGGAAAAGAAGAGAACAUGGAUCGAGCGGAUAUCAAGAUGUUGGUGGAGAGAUGGUGGGACAUAUUCAACGACGAGUCCCUGGAUUUCAAGAACCGAGGUGAUGGACUUGGUGGUGGCGGUGGUGGUGGUCGUCGUCGAAUGCUGGCAGCACCGGCGGUGGAGACGGCGGAGGCGGUGGUUCUCUAUCCGUCGGUGUCGCCGGCGGCGUAGUUUGUUUCUUUGAUUUGUGUUUCGGGUGUGCAUCUAAAUCGUUUGUAAUAAUCUUGUCUUUGUUUUGUAAUUAGACAGUAACGAAGUUAAUUACUUGUGAAGAUAAUGCGGAUUUUGAAUCUCAACUUUAAG